GUGGAUAUUCCUUGGACAACCUUUGUCGUUCACUCAUCCCAUAUGCCCGUGCCUCCCGUCACAGUCCCUAGUUUGGUGGAAGGAAUGACAAAUGACAAGAUCCCUCAGAGUUUGAAUGAGGCUCCAUCGACGUCGAUUGAGAUUGUGGGGCAGAUGAUGGAAGGAUUCAAUCAACCCACCAAAGGAGGAGAUCAGGAGAUGGUCAGCCGUUUUUCUGAGAUCGAGAGCUCUCUAGCUUGUGAUGCGGGUAUCCAGCGGAUUGCAGAGGCACAUACUGUAUUGACUCUCAUGGCUCAGUUGGAAGAGGAGCUAUCAGUGGUCAAGCAUAUUGUGUCUACUCUGCAACAAGACUUUGCUGAUUGAUGGGAAAGGUAAGAGAUGGCAAUGUUUUGAUGCUGAAAUUCAGUGGCAUGCUCUUCGAGCAAUGGAUGCUUUUACUGAGUGACUCCAUUGCGGAUAUGCUUGUAGCCUUGGAAGGAAUACUUCAAUCUGAAAAUGAAAGGAUUUUGAGCCUGACAGUGGAAGUUCUUACGAAGUUAUUGAGUAGGCUAGGAAGUUCUAUACGGCAAUUUCAUGUGGUUGAGGUAGUUUUUGCUCUAUCACGAUUGUUAUUAUCAUCCCACCCGAUGGUUACUAUUUCAUCUGUGGUUGCGUUGAAAUACAUCCUGACAAACUUUGGUAGCAUGAGCCCUAAGUUCUACGUGGGAGUUUGGAAUGCUUUAGAAAAUGCCAAUACAGUAUGCAACAUUUCUCUUGCUCUACAGGAUUACGUAGUGGGAAUAUCAUCUUCUGAGUAUUUCAUGCAAAUGAGCUCACUUCUGAAGAUUAUAAUGUGGAAGUGGCCUCCCUCUAGGUAUCAUGUUUGGAGCAACAAGAAUUUGAUGGCUAAACUAGAAGGCGGAUUGUCUGAUUCGGAUUCUAACAUCGUUGUUAGCAUUCUGCAGUUGUGUUCUGCCCUAGCUCUUUGUGGUAAUGGGGCACUGAAGAUUUUAGAAAACAAGGAGCUUAUUUCUAAAAUUGUGUGUGCCUUGGAAAGUUCACGCCCUCAUGAUGUUCGAGUUGAGGCGCUGAAAACAUGUCAACAAUUAUCGACAUCUCAAGAAGGAUGCUCAAAGCUAACCAACAGUCACGGUGAAUCCAUUGUUAAAGGAAUAGUUGCUGCAAUGAGUGAAUUGCGGUCAUCAGAUUUUAGGAAGGUCACUCCUGAUCAAAUGAAUUUAGUGAAGGAAGCAUUUCGAUCUGCAUUAAUUACUCGCUGGGCCGGUAUUCAUCAUUCCUGUUUCUGGAAACUUAAGGUGGAUAGGAUCCUUUUUGGUGUUCUUUUUGGCAGUACCAGCUCCGCUUUUGAAAAUCAAAUUGUAUUCCAUUCUAAUAAAAUUUUAACUAAACUUCCUAGUAGCAAUAUUGACUUAAGACCAUACAUUUGGAAUAUUCUUGGAUGGAUUGCAGUGCAUUGUGCAGAAGAUUUUCCCAACAAUGGGAAAUCAGGAUACUUAGAAACACUUAUUAACAAUGCAUGUGCAAUGGCCAAUGAGUUUUGGAUUAAUGGGAUAACAUUCUUAUCAUCUGAAAGCUGUGAAGUUGAGCUUGUUUCUAGGGCAGUCUUACUGAUGGUUUUUUCACCCUGCAAGUAUAUUUCAUCACAAGCAAGGACUUGUCUGUCAGAAGUGGCCAAGACUUCCGGUGAUAAAUACCUUGAGAAGUUAAUAACUUGCUUGAUGUUAAAUUUUAGAGAAGAUGUCUCUCCAGUUUCUUACAGUCUUCAUACUUUCCUUAUAAGUCUAGCUUGCUAUUCAACUUUGCCAUUAUAUCAGCAGUUCAUAGUUCAAAGAAAAGGCAUAGAUCUAUUGGUUUCUAUAAUUAGGAAGUGCUUGGAAAGUGAGAUACAUGCUAGCAGGUCAGGCAUUACAUCACAUCUGCAUGGUUCCUGUGACGGAGAAUUAUGUUGCUGGAGUAAUAUAGAAGAUUGGGAAGGUGGGGACCUGAUCUUAUUUCAUAGUCUUCAGAUACUUUCUCAAUUGGCACCUUUCUCUAACUUAAUAUGUGAUUAUUCCAAGAUAAUCUCGAGAGAUUAUGCGACCUCUAAUACUUCUGGCGGUAUGGCUGAAUCUUUGUUCAAGUGUCUUAGCACUAUAUUAGAAAACAACUAUAGCCCUGGAAUUAAAGGGUAUGCUCAGUACACGUUAAGCUUUUUUGGUCUAUAUGGUUAUCCAAGCAAGUUUGGCAAACGGAUGUAUAGAGCACUCGCUGAAGAUGAACUUGCUGACAUACAAUUUCUGCUUUCAAGUGAUCAGCGUUUGAGAGUUCAUGGUGCCAUUCUUGUGGCUAGCUGUCCUUAUCUUCUGCCUCCUAAAGAAUCUUUCAUUAAGAAGAAUUUGUUGGAUUGUGAAUCUUUCAAAAAGAGUAGACAGCACGGAACAAUUUUCAGACAUGAAGUAAAACUUUCUGAACAUGUUGAUUGUUCUGCGUUUGUGAAGAUUCUGGAAUAUGUUUAUACAGGGUUCGUUAUUGUUAAAGAUGAUGAGGUUAAACCUGUACGCAUUCUAGCGAAGCAAUGUGGCUUGAAUUCCCUGUCAUAUAUGCUUAAUAGAAAGCUGCCAGCAUGGGGAGUUUCUGUCUCAAGCUGUGAUUUUAGCCAUGCGCUUGAACAAGCAGAACAUCAUCUUUCGGACAUUAUAUUGGAAGCGAAUAAGAUGACUGGAGCGACUUGGACUUGUACUAUAUGUGUGUCCACUAUGCCACAUAUUCAUGCUAACAGGGUCAUAUUGCUGUCUAACUGUGGUUAUUUGCGAGCACUCUUUCAGUCAGGAAUGAGUGAAAGUUAUUCAUCAAUCAUCAAAGUUCCCGUUGGAUUUGAAGCCCUAACAAAGUUAGUUACAUGGUUCUAUACCGGUAUACUCCCAAGAAUAAAUUUAGAUUGCAAUUGGAACAACAUGGCUACAAGUCAGCAAUUCCAUGAAUUGCAAGUUUAUGUGGAACUAUCUUCGCUUGCUGAAUUCUGGUUGUUGAAGGAAGUUGAAGAAGAGAGCUUGAAUGUAGUUCUGUUAUGCUUGGAACAAAACCAGAAGCUAUCAAUGGAGAUCAUGGACUUCGCUUUAAAACUCCAUCAAUGGAGAAUUGUGAAAGCUGCAGCCAGCAAUAUUGCUCAUUUGUAUCCAAAAAUGCGUGAUUUGGGCGAUCUUGAGAACUUGAGUGAAGAGGCCGUGGAUUUGUUGAGAUCUGAAUAUGUCCGGCAUUCUCAGAAGGGGUUUUCUUAGGAUGGCUGAAUUUUGUAAGGCUGUCUUUUUCAGUACAUACCUGGAGCAGCAGAUGUCUGUAAAACGUAUUGUUUUUAGAACUCAGGGUACAAAUGGCCAAUGGGCGACUUGCUACUGUGCUUAAUCGGGUUCACCUGCUGCAAUUUAGAGAUUUAUUUAUGUAGUAUUAGGCUUGAUGUUUUAUAUAAUUUGUAAAAUAUUUUCUCUAUUGUUUACACGGGAAAAUGGGGAAAUUUUUUUUUCUUAUUAUCUUAUAAAAUGUGAAUUAGAUUAAGGGAAAAUUUGGAGGAUAAUUUUGUUACAUUUCCUAUAGAACAAAGUGUCUGAUUUUUCUGAUAUAUAUAUAUAUGUAUUG